AUGGGUCCGGUUAUGCCUCCCAGUAAGAAGCCGGAAAGUUCCGGGGUCAGCGUCGCGAGCGGCCUGAGCCAGUUCUAUCAGGCGAGCUCUAUCACUCGCGCCCUGCAGGAGGCCGAGGAGAUGGACCUGGCUCUUCCCACCAUCAAACUAGAGAAGGGCAGCAUGGAGGACGAGGAACUCACCAACCUCAACUGGCUUCACGAGAGCAAGAACCUGCUCAACAGCUUCGGUGACCCUGUGCUGAGGAGCGUCAGCCCCGUCCAGGACUUGGACGAUGACACCCCGCCCUCCCCGGCGCACUCGGACAUCCCUUACGACGCCAAGCAGAACCCGAACUGCAAACCCCCUUAUUCCUUCAGUUGCCUCAUCUUCAUGGCCAUAGAAGAUGCCCCCUCCAAGAGACUGCCAGUUAAAGACAUAUACAAUUGGAUCCUGGAACACUUCCCUUACUUUGCCAACGCGCCCACGGGGUGGAAGAACUCAGUCAGGCACAAUCUGUCUCUCAAUAAGUGUUUUAAGAAAGUGGACAAGGACAGGAGUCAGAGUAUCGGGAAGGGCUCCCUUUGGUGCAUAGACCCCGAAUACAGACAGAAUCUCAUCCAGGCGCUGAAGAAGACGCCUUAUCAUCCUUAUUCCCAGGUGUUCACCACGCCUCCCACCUCUCCUCAGGCAUAUCAAAGUAUGUCCAGUCCUCCAAUUUGGCCAGGAAGUCCUUAUUACAGAAAAAACAAGGGAGUCCUGCUUCAAGUCCCUCAGGGAGUGAUUCAGAAUGGAGCUCGAAUGAUGAGCCAGGGCCUCUUCCCAGGAAUCCGACCCCUUCCCAUCAACCCCAUUGUCAGCAGGACAGCCGCUGUCAGGUCAGUACUCGGAUACAGAAUAACCAGUGAUGGCGAGCCCACCUGUAACUCUCCACUGGUCAACAGCGACCCCAAGGAGGACCACACCUACAGUUUUGCCAAAUCUUCCAGCUCGGAUGUUGAAGAAGAGGCCAACUGCGAUGGAAGCGAGGUGAGCUUCCACGCCAACGAGGCCAGCAGCGAUGCCGAGGAGGACGACAAGAGCAAAAUCAAGAAGGAGCCCAAGGAAUGGUCCGUGGACGCCCUCGCUCUGGCCCAGCACAAGAAACGGCAACAUUUGACAAAAGUCAAACAGAGAGUGGCCAGUGACACUCUUCCUCUAAAGAAGAGGCGCACGGAGAAGCCUCCGGAAAGUGACGACGAGGAGAUGAAGGAGGCGGCCGGAUCCUUGCUUCAUUUGGCAGGAGUCAGGGCCUGUUUGAACAAUAUCACCAACCGGACGGCAAAGGGGCAGAAAGAGCAAAAAUAAUGAACUGACUGUAUUAUAAAGAGAAAAAAAAACAUCACUUUGAAUAGAAUUUACUAUUUUUUUUCCAGGACAUCAGGUGAAUUCUACUGAUUUGUGGCAAUAUCAACAAUCACUUUGUUUUCCUAUCUUUAUAGGUAACAUUUCGCUGAGGGUUCUUUGUUUUAGUUCACUUUUAGUUCAUUUUAUUGUGAUUUCUUUUUUUAAUCUACGGAGAUUAAAGCCAUAGCCUUCCCUUUUUGAAGAUAUUCUGUAAAACAUUUCAUUCGACUGAGAAAAAAGUGAUAGUAAAAAUUGUCCUGCCCCAUUGUCAUAGUUAAAGGGAGAGUUCACCCCAAAAGUUUUGUUUUAACCAAAUGAAAUUCAAUCAGAUCUGAAAGAUUUCUGUCCCUCCACUGAAAGUCUGUUCAACCAAAACUCUGACACUUUAAUAAGAUCAUUAAGAGAUAAUAAUAAUAAAAAAAAAAACUAAUCCACAUACAUUAAAUGGUUUAUUCCAAGGUUUUGCUUUGUCUGAUGAACAGAUUUAAUUAAGUCUUAUACAAAAAUUAAGCAAACAGUGUUUAUAACAUUCAGAUUCGGUUGUAGAAGCUCAGAGGUUUGGCUGAAAACACUUUCAACUGGACAGAAAUUUCACAUUUCAUUAAAAAUAUCUUAAUUUGUGUUUGGAACGGCAUAAGGGUGAAUAAAUGAUGACAGAACUGUAAUUUUGGGGAGAACUAAUCCUUUAAAAACAUGACGACAAAUUGUGUUCUGCAGCACGUUCUGCAGUCAGAGUAGUUCUCGAGUUAGUGAUAAUUAUGGGUUAUAGUAAUCUCUGCUGUAAUAUAAGAUGUUUUAGAAGCACAGGGCAGUGCCAAAGACAAUCCUCAAGCAGUUUCUGUGAUGUCACUUCCCCUUGAUGCUCUGGUCGUUAAAGCAUCGUUUGGAAAACACUCAUAGUUGUUCUUUUGGCUCGUAUGAAUCAUAGUUCACUGGGAUGAGGGUAAAGACAUAAGCUUUAGCCAUAGUGUUUUUUGGAGUCAAAAGUGAUAUAUUUACCAAUAAGUCUCUUAAAACUGCCCAAGUUUUUUCCUAAGCAAUCAAAUUGAGUGAUAUUUUCCAUCUAAACCGAUAGUGGAUGGUGAUACUCUUUCUUCGGCACAAUGAAAAUGAAAACUCGGAGCUAAAGCUACAAUACCUGCCAAUUUUAUUUUAAUAGCAGAAAAUAAUGACUGUGGAGUUGUUAUGUGUUUGUUCAUUUGUUUACGUUUUUACAACUUUAGUUUUUUUGAAACCCUCGUGAUGUAAUAAGCAAUUUCAUCCAGUCAGGAUAAACACUGUAUAAAAUGAACACUAGACCAUUUCCUUUCUUAAUUUAAGCAAUGUAGCCAGCAGGAUUUUCCAAAUCGUGUUGCAUGGGUUCUGUAAAGAUAAAAGAAGACCGUUUAAAAAAAAAAAAAUCAAAGUUCAUGUAAGGUAAAUAAUGUAUUUAGCAUGGAGCAUGAAUUAUUUUCAUAUAUAAAUAUGCCAAUAGGCCUAGUCUCUUUCGUUGUUUUUGUCGGAUUUGAUUUCCAUUUGUCGUCCUCAUCACCUUUGUGUUGAAGCAGGCAUCUUUAACAAUUACCUUCUUCAGGGACAAACACUGACUGUUGGGAAACUCUCUCUGCAAUACGAGGACUGGGACUCAGGCCGUCUCGGUCCACUCUAGCGGCCGCCCCAAAUACCCACGAAUACCCGCUACGUCAAUGUCCGUGUCAUCAAGGAGAAGUUCGUAGUGAGUGUCAGUCCCCUUCCGGCUGUCGUGCCUGCUUUACUUCCAUAUGUAAUCCAGAUGUGCAUGUCUGUGAUUUAUUCAGGGUCUUCCAUUUUGUUCCACAAGACUUUGGAUCUGCAUUUUUUAUUUUAUUUUAUUCCUAUAUUUACAUGUAGCAUUGUUCAGGAGUCAUCAGUAUUGAUUCAGUGGUUCUCGGUACAGGCAGUCAGACGGUUAUUUACGCCUCCACGCAUAUAUAUUUAAGCACUUAUAGACAAUAAAAACAAGUGAUACCAGAGCUCAGUGCAAACGUUUGUGUAUAUAUCUUCACGACCUCACCGAAUUGCACUUUUACCGUUUUAACGUAUAGUAAAGAACUUAAGGAUUCAGUGCCAAAGCCAGUAAUGACUCUCUACACCAGAGAUGGGCACUUGAGUUAGUGACUCGGGCUCGAGUUGCUUUUUUAUUGACUUCAGACUUGACUUCAGUUCAGAUUUGACCUGAAAUGACUCCAUACUUGGCUCGAGGAAAAUGCCUCGGGAAAAUUUUUGAGAAUUUUAUCCUUAAAUACUUCUAUAACCGAUAUUCAAAAGGCGGACUGCAUCCGCAUCCCGGCAUCCAUCCAGAAUUGAUGUUAGAUGGUUAGCAUAGAACUUAAACUUUGCAACUGCUAGUUAUCUUUCUUUUUUGCUCAAGAUGAGAGCGUUCGGAUUAUUUUGUUUCUAGUAGAUAAUGCUUUUAAGUAAAAUAUGAAAUAGUAAUAGAUUUCAGGAACUAAACCCUGAAAAAACUAAAACAAAACAGUAUACUAUUUUAAUCUGUCACGUGGCCUUACAUGUAUCUAAAUGUAAAAAUACAAUACAUGUAAAAAAAAUACAAUAAAUUGUCCAGACCUCUGCUUGGAAAAUAUAGAGGCCGUCCACCUCGGAACUUUAAUUGAAUACCCCUGACUUAUAUCAUAAAGCAAUACUUAAUUUGUAUGGUUUUGUAACAUCUGUGUCAUGGUAGAUUGGACUGUUAUUAUAGAAUUUGAUUACAGAAAAACAUGGUAAUGGAUUAAAACAUAACAGGCUGGAUGUACAUUACAUCUUAACACCCCUUCUUUUUACAAAGCAGAUCAUAGAUCAUGUAUUUUGUCUGUAGCCUAUAAAACAGAUUAGUAAAUAAGAAUAUGUCAGUAGGCUACAUGAGGAUUCUGAUUGAGAUUUUUUUAGCGAGCCGUUAAAUGACUUGAUACUCAACUCGGACUCGUGACCAAAGACUCGAGACUUGACUCAGACUCUGGCGAUAAAGACUUCAGACCUGACUUGGACUCCAAGUUAAAGACUUGUGAACAUCUCUGCUCUAUACACUGCUAAAUGGACGAUGCAUACUUGAUAUGUCUGUCACACACUUCAAGAAGUUGUAGCAUUUCUGUCAAGUACUCAUGUCUAAGAUGUUCUCCAUUAUAUCUGUUAAUAUCACACUGCAUUGCUGUGUUUCACGAAGUCACACUGCCUUCCCCAUUCAUCCUACGAUGAUGAUGAUGAUGGUUCGACCCGAUAUUUUGUAGCGUGUUGAAUGUUAUAUCUGACCCAUGAGUGUUAAUGUGAUGUCUCCAGUUGGCAUGCCUUUCCCUAACCGAGCUAGACAUUUAUUGACGCAAAAUAACCCUGAUUAUAACCUUGUCUGCUGGUCUUUAUAAACAUCUGUCAUAACACAUUUCCGUUCAAUAUGCUUCAAACUGGGAAACCGGUAGAGAGAGCUAUGAGUCCUUUAUACACUGCCUUCCUUCAAAGACAACACUCACUACGGAACUUUUCCUUUCUAGUUCUUUUCGGAGGAACUUGAAACAUGUUAAAAAGCAUAAAGAAGAGACAGCCAAAAAAAAAAAUUUUAAUAGGAGGUGAAGUGUUUCUUUUUCUUCCCAUUGUUUUUUUUUUUUUUUUUUUUUUUUUGAAAGGUUCCUUUUUAACUGUCAUUGUGUUACAUGUUUGAGUUGUUUAAGAUGAAAGUAACGGAGUCCAUUUGGUUUGUGAUGAAAUAUUCAGUCUGAUGGCAUGUGCACCCUGCUAAUAUGUCAAUAUAGAGGUGUAAUUGCACUCUAUAUUUUCUUUGACUUCGAAUCAUAUUGCCAAAGACAACUAUUUUAUCGAUUAAUGUAAAUACCACUUUGUCCAUUGCUAUGACAAAUUCUAUUUGUUUUUGUUUUGUUUUUUGUUUUGUUUUUUUCUCCAACCCUACCAUCAAGUUUCUGUGAUGUAUUGUCUUCCAGUUGCAAUAAAAAAAAAAGUUGCAAAGGUGA